UGGAAGACGGUUCGCCACUCUGCGCUGAGAUGAGAGGAUUCACUCUGAAUAAUGUCUGCCAGUGUGGCUUCUUUUCUUUACUAAUCUUCUUUUCUUUCGUGUCGUUCAACACUGCUGUCAGCUUCGAUCUGACUGAGCUUAGGAAUAAAGUUGCGAAAAUUAAAGUGAAUCCAAGAGGGAAUCUUUGGGCUACAGGACAUUUCAUGGGCAAGAAGAGCGUGAUGGAUGCUCCCCUGCUGCCCUCAGCGGAGGGACAGGGCGUUGAUGCGCUGGUAGCCCUGCCUGAGGAGCGGGGCGCGAUCGGGGAGCUUUUCCAAGAGUUUCUGCGGGAGGCUCUGCGGGCGCAGGUGGACACAGACGAGAGCCACUCGAAAAAUCAAGAGGCGGACUUGUUGAUGAGAAUUUUAGAAAGCUACAUCCACAGCAGAAAGUGAUACAGAGGAUGAGAGUUUGGCAUGGAUCUGAGGUCAGCUGGCCUCUUAGGUUCAUAUAAAUACAUUAGAUACAAUGUAC